CGCAUACGUCCAUAAGUCUCCCCAUCACCAAACGUACCUCACAGCCAGAAUCCACUCGGAGGUUACGGGCCUCUUUGAUCCCGUACACUUCCAUUAUUCUUCUCAACCUUAUUCACUAUAUACCAAUCACUCCUCUAAGUUCCAAACGCGUCGCCGUCACUGUUGCCGUCGCCGGCACGCUCGCGCGCUAUGGUCUCAAGAAAGCGAGGACGGGCGGAGAUGGAAGCGGAGGAGCCAUCCGCAGAACCUACAUCUACAUUACUGGAGAGGCUUCGGAACAUGUGGCAGUUCGCGAACCUAGCACAAUACAUACACCUAUUCGGCGAUGUGCUCAAAAUCGACAAAGACUUUGACAUCGAAGUCCUCGAACACGAAUGCCUCAGGCCCGAACCAUCGGAAAGGCUGCCCGCGAUCGGACUUGCGCUACUGAAACAUGUGUCGUCAUUCAAAGGGCUCACACCAGAGAUAUUCAAUGAUUAUACGCGACGCCAAUAUCUUGCCAAAGCGCCUCACCUAAAUCCCUUCGGUGAUGAGGAAGAGCCCAAGAAAUUCAACGACUUGGAUGUUUUCACAAGGAUCCGCGUGCUUCAACAACUAUCAGUCUGGACACUCAACAACCCGAAUACGAUACGAGAGAGGCUUUUCAUUGAUGAAAGAGAGCAAACAGGAUGGCGCAUUGAGCCCCAAGGAUGGGAUGCGCAAGGUCGCACGUUGUAUGUGCUUGACGACAAUCGCCUCUAUAGAUGCACUGAUGCCCCACCACCACCACCACCACCACCUCCGACUAAAACAAAAGCGAAGCCUAAGAAAGCGAAACCCAGACCGCGACCCACAAGAUCUACGCGAGUCAGCAAACGGCUGAAGGCAGCAAACAAUGAGUCGGAUGGGUUGAUCACAGAUGAGGAGGAAGAGGAAGAGGUGGAGGAAGAAGAAGAGAAAAAGGAGGAAACACCGGCAGAAGACGAUGGUCUCGGAGGUGCUAAAUGGGAAUGUCUGUGCAUCACGCUGGAGGACUAUCGCAACUACAUGAACGGGAUACGCAAGAGCAAAGAUCCAGACGAGAAAGACCUGUACCAGAGCUUACAAAAUGAUGUCAUACCUGUGCUAGAAGAAUUGGAAGAAGAACGCGCACGACAGGAGGCUCGGAGGGCUAAAGAGCGUGAAGUGGAACUCAAAUUAGCAACCGCGAAGCGCUCAAGUAGACUGGCAGGCAAGCAGGAGAAAAUGAAGCAACAAGAGGAAGAGGAAGAAGCGGAGCGAAAGCGGUUGGCCGACUUGGCAAUGGCAAAGGCAGAACAGGAGAAAGAGAGAUUGCGAGAAGAAGAGAGUAUUUCCCGAAGGCUCACAAGGGAACAGCGCAUACGUGAACGCGAAGCGAAGCGCAUACUGCAUGAAGAAGAGCUACGCAAAAUGAAAGAAGAUAGCGAGAAACUAGGCGAUGAAGCUAGUGAAGGACGCAUGUCCGAGAGACAUCUUGUGAAAGAGAUGAGGCGCCGUCAGAAAGAGCUUGAGGAGCUUCAGAGACUUAAGGACGAGGAGUGGUUCUUCGACUGCGAAGUCUGCGGUGCAGGUGGAGAUAAAUAUGAUGAUGGUACUCAUAGUAUCGAGUGCGAGAGGUGCAAUGUCUGGCAACACAGCAAGUGCCAUGGGAUAUCUGAGAAGAGGGCAGCCAGCGAUGACUUCCACUUCGUUUGUAAAAACUGCAAACGAAAGGAAGAAGAGGCCAAACAGCCCAAAUUACCACCGCUGAAGUUACGCUUAAACUCUAACUCACCCAGCGCCAAUCGUACGGCCGUGUUCAAUGGCACCCCUUCGAAAAAUCUUGGUCAAAACUCAGAGCCUGUUAGAAUUCCACCGACACAGACCUCGCCGAUUCCGACACAGAUCGCGCAGCCCUUAUUCAGUGGCCCUAGCCUUUCCCCUCGUGGUCAAGCACUCGGCCCUCCUGGCAUCGAGAGAUCAGAGGCCGCAUAUGGGUCGCCUUCUAAACGUCCAUUAGACAGUCCAUCCCCAGCAGCAUUUCGACCUGUCUCCGCCCAUCAACCUAGCAACGGAUACGCUGUAAGCAAUGGUGCGAUCGCGUCGUCUCCACCACCGCACAAACCUUCGAGUCCGUUUGCGAAUAGGUCUUUCCCCUUGCCAAACGGUAAUCCAUGGAGUACGGCACAGUCAUUGCACCACACUCCUCUUGGAAACAGUUUCAACCGGCCAGCUUCUUCAGCAGGGCCGGCAACCACAUAUCAAUCGCCUAUCAAAAAUUCUCCCGCACCUUCGCCACGGCCAACAAACGGCAUCCCGAACACUUACAACUUCAUGAACAGUCCCCAUUCCUCUUUCCCACCGAGCUCCGCCCAACGUCCUUCCUUCUCGCCCACAAAGAAUAGUUCACCGCCACCGCCCGCUCACAUGUCUUCGCCGGCUCCUGCGCCCCUACAUAUUGCACCAUCGCCAUCACAGCAGCCUGCACAAAUGCUCCCUGCCCCUAUUCCUGCUCCGGAAAAGCAUGACGGUGCUCGUCCAAUCUCCAGCCACAACAUGUCCGUAACGCCAGUCCUACCUCCAAUAAAGGCACUUUCUCCAAGCGCGAAGCCACAGAAUUUGAGCCCUCCAACUAAAAAGCAAUCGCCUACGCCAGACAGAUUUCGGUUCACGCCUGUCAGUGGGAAUGGUACACAGUAGAGGACCGUUUCUGGACCAUUGACGAUCAAUAAAAUGAGCAGAAAACAGUUGAUUUUGUAUCCACAGGUUGGGACAUACUUGGAUUCGACAAUUUUGUAUUUAUAUAAGUAUUGGGUGCUAUCAUGGAAACUAAUUGGCGUUGCGGGAAUGUUUCUGGAUCCGCGAUAUCUGCUGGUUGGCAAGCUUGGAGGGCAUAGCUGCCGUGCUUUAGAUUUGGUGUAACUGGAAUCUUUUCCCCUUGUAUUGAUUGCGGGAAAUAGUGGAUAAUCUGUAUUCAAUGACCAUCCUGAAAAGUCUGGAAGUAUCAGACUAUUAUUUG